AUGGAGAAUCCAAAUGAAUCAUUCAAUAGUUUAUACAAGUACCCUUCCCAACAUCUAGCAGAUUCAUGCUGCAUGUCUAAUAAGAAGAAGGAGAAAUGGAAGAUUCAAUCACAAUUACAAAAAACCUUUUCUCCAUACACCCACAUUUUCUUGCUCCUCCAGCUUCUGCUCAUUUCUGCCUCACAGCCAGUUUUAAGCCAAGUUUGGGAUGGUGUGAUUGUCACCCAAGCUGAUUUUCAAGCACUACAAGCCUUCAAGCAUGAGCUGGUUGAUCCCAAAGGCAUCUUGAGAAGCUGGAAUGAUAGUGGAUAUGGAGCUUGUUCUGGUGGUUGGAUUGGAAUCAAGUGUGCUCAAGGCCAAGUUAUUGUAAUCCAGCUUCCUUGGAAAGGACUAGGAGGCAGAAUCACUGAGAAAAUCGGCCAACUUCAAGAACUAAGAAAGCUUAGCAUCCAUGACAAUGUCAUUGGUGGCUCAAUCCCCCAAGCUUUGGGGUUUCUCCCUAAUCUUAGAGGUGUUCAGUUAUUCAAUAACAGGCUGUCAGGUUCCAUCCCACCAUCAUUAGGUUCUUGCCCUUUGCUUCAAACUCUAGACCUUAGCAAUAAUUUACUCAUCGGGUCUAUCCCCUAUAGUCUUGCAAACUCUACCAAGCUUUUUAGGCUCAAUUUGAGCCACAAUGCCCUUUCGGGGUUAAUUCCAGUUAAUCUCACACGCUCUUCUUCGCUUAUUUUUCUUGAUCUUCAAUACAAUAACCUCUCUGGUGCCAUCCCAAACUCUUGGGGUUCAACACAAAAGAGGGGUAAUUUCCUUCCACUUCAGUACUUAACCCUUAGUCGUAACUUCUUUUCUGGAAGCAUACCUGCUUCUUUGGGCAAGUUGAGUGAGCUCCAAGAGUUUUCUGUUAGUCACAACCAAAUACAUGGAGCCAUACCUGUUGAAAUAGGGGGUCUUUCCAGGCUCAGAACACUUGAUCUUUCCAAUAAUGCCAUUAAUGGAAGCUUGCCUGGUAGCCUUUCUAAUAUAUCCUCACUUGUUCUGUUGAAUCUUGAGAACAACAACCUUGAUAACCAAAUUCCAGAAGCCAUUGGCAGAUUGCGUAAUCUUUCUGUCCUCAACUUGAAGAGAAACCAAUUUACUGGUCACAUUCCUGCAACAAUAGGAAACAUUUCUACACUCACACAACUUGACUUGUCACAGAAUAAGUUCAGUGGAGAAAUUCCAGAUUCCCUUGCCAACCCAAAUAACCUUAUGUCAUUCAAUGUUUCUUACAAUAAUCUCUCAGGUCCUGUUCCUGUUCCUCUGUCCCAAAAGUUCAACUCAAGCUCUUUCGUGGGGAAUAUUCAGCUAUGUGGAUAUAGUGGUGCAGCUCCAUGUCCUUCUCAAGCGCCUUCUCCAAGUGUCCCUGCUCCGCCACCAGAGAAACCAAAGAAACAUCAUCGUAAACUGAGCACCAAAGACAUAAUUCUCAUUGCAGCAGGAGCUCUUCUCAUUGUAUUGCUUAUAAUUUGCUGCAUUUUGCUUUGCUGCUUGAUAAGGAAAAGGGCUGCAUCAAAAGCAAAGAAUGGUCAAGCCACAGCAAGGGCAGCAGCAGCAAGAGGCGAAAAGGGGGUCCCUCCAGCGGCAGGUGAAGUUGAAUCUGGUGGAGAAGCUGGAGGCAAACUAGUCCAUUUUGAAGGGCCAAUGGUUUUUACAGCUGAUGAUCUUUUGUGCGCAACUGCUGAAAUUAUGGGAAAGAGCACUUAUGGGACUGUCUAUAAGGCCACAUUAGAGGAUGGGAAUCAAGUUGCAGUGAAAAGAUUAAGAGAAAAGAUCACCAAGAGCCAAAGAGAGUUCGAAAGCGAGGUUAAUGUCCUUGGUAGAAUCCGACACCCAAAUCUUUUGGCAUUGAGGGCUUAUUAUUUGGGACCUAAAGGAGAGAAGCUUCUUGUUUUCGACUACAUACCUAAAGGGAGUCUGGCAACAUUCCUCCAUGCCAGAGGACCCGAUACACCAGUUGAUUGGCCAACAAGGAUGAAAAUAGCUCAGGGCAUGACGCGCGGCCUGUUCUAUCUUCACAACAAUGAGAAUAUCAUACAUGGGAACCUUACAUCAAGCAAUGUCCUUCUUGAUGAGCACACAAAUGCAAAAAUUUCAGAUUAUGGCCUAUCUCGGCUAAUGACAGCUGCCGCCAACACUAAUGUAAUUGCAGCUGCAGGUGCAUUAGGUUAUCGAGCACCAGAGCUUUCAAAGCUUAAGAAAGCAAACACAAAAACAGACGUAUACAGCCUCGGAGUGAUUAUUUUGGAACUUCUUACAGGGAAGUCUCCUGGCGAGGCAAUGAAUGGUGUGGAUUUGCCUCAAUGGGUUGCCUCUAUUGUCAAAGAAGAGUGGACUAACGAAGUUUUUGACUUGGAAUUGAUGAAAGAUGCCUCGAUAAUCGGAGAUGAGUUGCUUAACACAUUGAAAUUGGCUUUGCAUUGUGUUGAUCCCUCACCGUCAGCGCGACCAGAAGUUCAACAGGUCCUCCAGCAAUUGGAACAGAUUAGACCAGAGACAGCUGCAAGUCCCGGACCCUCCGGAGAUGAUGGUGCAGGGGUUCCUUCAACGAGUGAUUGA